GACGGCAGAAAUACUGGACACACGUAUUUGCUGGAAUAUGGUCAAAGAAAAUGUUUCUCAGCUCGGUGCACUCCUUCGUUAGAUAAUGAUUUAUCAGGAAGAUUUUAUUAUGGCGUGUCUCCCGGUAAAAAAAAGAGUCUAGCGACGCCACUUGUUCAAACGGUUAACCUAUAGAGGAAAAACAGCGAGGGCACCUUUAGCCCUAGUGAUUACUACAGGGGCUUAAUAGGAUUAUUUCCGUAAGAGCUGGAGUGUGUCUCAAAACCAACUAAACUGCCUAUUUAGACAGCAUUUUAGGAUAUUAUGCGCAUUUUGAGUCAGCUAGUGCAUGCACAGAAACUGCUCUGACACCACACUCGUGGGAAGCACAAACUUGCCGAAAAAAGAUUUCUAUAUGGGAGGUAGCUCAUUUGAUUGUGAAACACAUCCGCUGACCGCUAGGGCUCGAGGCAAGGUGGCGUGUCGCGCGUGUGAUAAAGAGGAAGCGCGUCUUUCAGCGGUUUGGACACAAGAAGACUGCUCUGCUGUGAUGAGUGAAGAUGCCUCCGCAGAGAGUGUUCGCGCUGCCCAGACAGCAUUCCCUGCUGCUGCCCGCCGUCAUCAACCCAUUCCUACACGACCUUAAUUUAACCAAAGCCGAUAAAAUCAAAUGUUUUCUUCUAGGAAUCAUCCUUGUGCCGCUCCGUGCCAUUUUCUUGCUUCUCGUUAUAAUGGUCAUGUGGCCGGUUUCUGUCAUGAUUACAUUCAGACAGUCUCUGAAAGGAGCGGUGGAGCCAAUGACUGGCUGGAGAAGGUUCUUGCACAAAAGGGUGAUGACCUUUCUAGGCCGGAUGUAUUUUUUCGGGAUGGGUUUCAGGGUGGUGGUGAAGGGGAAGCAGGCUAGCUGUGUAGAGGCCCCCAUUUUAGCUGUGGCCCCUCACUCUUCUUUCUUUGAUGCCAUCGCCUGUAUUGAAGCUGGUCUGCCCUCUACCGUAUCCCGCUCAGAGUCCCUGGAAGCACCAAUCUUUGGCAGGUUUUUGCGCUGUGUGCAGCCAGUGCUUGUUUCACGCAAAGAUCCAGACUCUCGUAGAAACACUAUACUUGAGAUUGAGCGGAGAGCAAAGUCAGGAGGACACUGGCCACAGGUGCUCAUUUUUCCUGAAGGAACAUGUACAAACAGAUCAUGUCUCAUUACCUUCAAACAAGGUGCCUUUGUCCCAGGGGUCCCAGUACAGCCUGUCCUUAUCAGAUACCCAAAUAAGUUGGACACAGUCACAUGGACAUGGCAGGGUCCAAAAUCUUCCUGUUUUAGGGCCAGAUUACUGCUGCUCACACUCUGCCAGCUCUAUACUACAGUGGAGGUCGAGUUUCUGCCCCCUCAAGUUCCUACUGAGAUGGAGAAAAAAUGUCCUACCAAGUUUGCUCAGUCAGUGAGAUCUGUCAUGGCUAUGUCCCUAGGCCUGCCGGUCACGGACCACACUUAUGAAGAUUGUCGUCUGAUGAUUGCAGCUGGAGAACUGACACUGCCUAUGGAGGCAGGUCUCGUGGAGUUUACCAAGAUCAGCAGGAAAUUGGAAUUAAAAUGGGAUAACGUGAAGAAGGAACUGGAGAGUUUUGCCAACAUAGCCUGUUCUUGCAAAGGUGGGAGGAUCACAGUUGAAGAGUUUGCCAGCUUCCUCAAACUACCUCUCAGCCCAGUUCUACAUGAGCUCUUCGCUCUGUUUGACAGGAAUGGGGAUGGCACCAUUGAUUUCAGAGAGUAUGUCAUUGGUGUCACAGUUCUGUGCCGACCAGCUAAUAAUGAGGAAAUCAUUCAGACUGCUUUUAAGCUGUUUGACAUCGAUGAGGACAACUGUAUCACACAAGAGGAGUUUAGCAGUUUGAUACGUUCUGCUCUUGGAGUGUGUGAUCUUGACGUCAACGGCCUCUUCACAGAAAUCGACGCAGAUGGAUCAGGACACAUAACUUAUGAUGAGUUUCGUUCCUUCGCUCUCACACACCCGGAGUAUGCCAAGCUCUUCACCACCUACAUCGAGCUACAGCGUUACCAGGGUCUCCAAGGUGGGGAGCCAGACUGUGACGCCUCUUUGUCUUACUUCUGUUCUGCUUCUCAUGAUGAAGACCAAGAGGAUAGUACCUCUGAUAAGAAAGAUGACUGACACAGUUGAAGAAGCAUGCAGCUAUGAGGUUCAUACUUUGCCAUGCCAUUUGAACACUUGCCUUAUACUUGGGUGGAGUGUUUUUGUACACAAGCAUAUGCCCUAUCAGCAAAUUUGGUUUUUCGUUUACACAAGGUAUUUCAUAAACUAUUCAAUGAUUUAUUUAAAGGCAUUCAGAACAAUGUUUACAGCAUGUUAAAAUGUAUAAUCAAGCUAAAACACUUCUUAAUCUGUUGUAGCUUAAAAAAAAAGUUUAUUAUUCUUCACCUUUCAGCUUUUAGACAUGAAGCUUGUAGUCCCAACUCAGUUUUUCAUUCAUUUCAAUGAAGUCUAAAUAAUAAUUGUUAUUUGCUUAAAUCUAAUUGAGGAAAAAAAAAAAAAAAAAAGUAAUUUUAUGAUUAAAUUCAUGGAGAUCAUGUACUUAUACACAGGUCUCACUUUAUGGAAAAUGGAUAUUUUUUUAGAAUUAAUAUAUUGUAAAAGAGUUUCUUAUACAAAUACAAAGUUUAUUUUAUUUUAAUUUUCUUUUCUUUUCUCUCUGCUCAGGGACUUCUGAGUUUUAAUCAAAGGUUUUGCUUUGCAUCUUGUUUUUAUUUGCAUUCCCAUUGAGGGGAAAUGUUGCUGAGUUAGCAUUCUGUCCCUGCUGCUUGUUCAGACUAAUACUCUGUUGCAUCCACUGAAAAUAGGCCAAUUUGUGAGCAAACAGGCAACACAACACUCCCACAGUAGCGCACACCAGAGGGCUUGGUUCCAAAUUAUCCCACUGCAGUGGUAUUUAUUUAGCAAUGCAGGUUGCAAUUAUGAUUUUGUUAACACAGCAAAGUUAGCUUUUUGCCAUUAAAAAAUCCUUUGAAUUUUAACUAGUAUUUGUUGUCCCUUUUAUGUUUGAGUGCAUGAAAACUUGUUAGAAGAGUUUGUACACUCUUGUGAAUUAUCAGGACAUAUGGAAGAAAAACUGCUGAUUAACAAAUACUUUUUAUACUGAAAAUAUCCACUAGGUGACAGCAACUCCCAGUAUAUAAGCGGAUCCUCUGCAUAAAUCGUUCCUGGUUUCUAAAGAAAUCAAUCCAAAUCUUCAGUGAAUGUGCAAACACUGUAAAUGUGCAUCCAUAAUAGUGGAUAUAGUCCUGCUUUUAUGCCAAUAAGAGUGUGGAUACAAGUUUCUGGAUGCAUGUGUGCAAAAUGUAAAAUUAGAAAUUCCCUUUGUUACUUCUGUAUGGUCACAAGUGAUUAUAAAAUAUCACUUAACAUUAGGAGUGUAACGAUACUUAUGUCACGAUUCGAUACAUGUCACGAUUCGAUACAUAUCACGAUACUGAACUCACAAUGCAAUAUUAUUGUGAUACUCCAAGACAUAUGGUAAAAGGUUAACAAAAAAUGUACUGUUGAUUAAAAUGCUAAAUUUGGUAUUACAUUGGGGGUGGGAAUGAAUAGGCUUGGACUUUGUACUGGUAACCCAAUGCACUGGACAAUUGUGACACCAGAAUAAAAAUAUUCAUGAUUCUGAAGCUGAA